AUGGAAGAGGCCAACAAGAUCAUGCCGCCUUUCAACCGCGACAAGAUGCCUCAGUUCACUCGGAUGCCAAACCCGGCCUUCACCUGGGAGAAAGACGAGUGGACGGCCAUUGACUCCAAGAAGGAAGAUCCACAACGGAUGUACAAGAUCAUGAUUGGUGGUGUCUGCCCGAGGCCAAUCGCAUUCAUCUCCACGCGCGACGAGAAUGGGGUGGACAACAUCUCACCGUACAGCGGCUUCACCGUAAAUAUUGUCUCGGAGCCGUUCCUUGAGCAGGUGAACGCGAGCGCAGUCGAUGCUCCCUUUGGCUUCUCCGAGUGGGAGCUGUGCCGGCUCAUCAAAGCGCCAACGGUGUGGGCCGACGCACCACGUGUUAAGGAAAGCGCGUUCAGCAUGGAGUGCGAGCUCUAUAAAGAAAUCGAGAUCAUUCAUCCUACCACCAAGAAACAUACUGCAACGACGUAUAUGGCGCUCGUAAAGCACGUCCAUGUCCGGAACGACAUGUGGAACGAACGAGGCAACAUCGAGCUCACGCGCCUGAGGCCCGUCAGCCGCUCAGGUGACAUAUCCUUUACGCGCACCGGCGAUGGGCUGCGUGUUCUUCGGCCGCAGUCGGCCAAGGAGGAAGGUAACGUGCGAACGUUUAUGCAGAAGCUGAAGGAAGAGGGUGGCGUCGAUGUUAGCGAGCACGGCAGGACGGAGGUUCAUGGGACCGGCGGGCACAUGACGGGCUGGGAGCAUACAGAAGGCGGUCCAUGCGAGCAACGGCCGUGCUGAGAGCGAAUGGGAGUUAAGGAUUGGAUAGCAGGAGGAGGAUAACACCAAAUUACCUGUACAGUGAAUGUAGAGCCGUUAACCGUCUUCGCGAACGGAUCCUCGAUCAUACAUCAAACAAGAAACUUUUAUGUCUA